AUGAACCAUUUGCGUAAUCUCCACCCACGGCUGCUGAGCCGUGCUGCGCACCUGCACUCGACCUUGCUUCAAGCACGCUUUUUUUCCGGUACCAUCCCAUAUCUUGCAUGCCACUCCAAUCAGAAAAUGCAGACCAAAUCAGGCUCUGGCUCUUGUCAACAGAAUGAACCUUCCAAGUCCGCUUCCGCUGAAACCCCUUCGCAAAACACCAAAUCCAUGCUGAGCGCGGCCUUUUGGUCGUGUCACUCUACAUGGCGAAGAUCUGGGCUAAAUACCUCGCGCUGCCUCGUAGGCUGUACGGUCGGUGACUUUUCUGCUCUUUGGACAUUACAGUCAUACUGCCCCGAGCUUGGAAUGAAUACAAUCAUGCUUGCUGCAAGUAAGUCUCCAGAAUACGAUGCCAGUUAUUGCCCUACUCUAUCACCUGCUUACAUCUCGACAGUGGCCUCCGGUAUUACAACUUCUGUUAUUCUUGAGACUGUAUUACUCAAGCUUGGGCCUGACAACCUAUCUUGGAAUAAGGCUGGUCAGACUGCAAUGGGGAUGGGUAUGGUUUCCAUGGUGGCUAUGGAACUGGCAGAAAACGCAGUUGACUAUCACCUCACUGGUGGCGUGAUUGCCUUCGAGAAUCCGCAGUUCUGGGCUGCGGCCAUGUUAUCCAUCGGCGCAGGCUUCUUAGCCCCUCUUCCCUAUAAUUAUGCACGAUUAAAGAGGUACGGCAAGGCUUGCCAUUGA